AAAAUCCCAAAAAUUCGAAUAGUAUCUGCCAAUCGUCCUCAUCGCCGGCCAUCGCCGCCGCCGUCGCCGCCGGCCGACCACCGCGUCCGCCAUUACCUCCUCCGCGACCGGAUCUGCUUUCCCCACCCCCCCUCUCUCUCUCUCUCUCUUCCCCUCUGCACCUGCAUCGCCAUCACGAUUCGUCGAUUGCUCGCCAAGUCAAGUCCACUUUGAAAAUUCCAUCCCAACUGCCUCCGGCCUCUCCCCUCACCCACCUCGCGGAAGCGCCCUUAUAUACCACGCGCUUCGCCCGCCACGGCGACCCCGACGACCCGCCCCGCCUCGCCCCCCACCGCCAAGCGCCGCCGCGUGCUCGACCCCGACCCUGACCCGGACGCCGCCGCCGCCGCAGCCACGGGGAACUCGCCGCUGGGCGGCCGCGGCCGCGGCGGCGGCGGCGGCGGCGGCGGCGGCCCCCGCCAAGCCAACACCUCGGCUCCACCACGCGGCUCGCGGCUCCCGCUGCCUUCGUCUGGAUCGCCUCCGCCCGCUCCGUUUGACCCUUUCGUCCUCUUCGCGGAUCCGGCGCCGCGGCCGGCGCUCACGCGGGAACAGGUGAAGUACUGCAAGGAGGCGCUCAAGGUGUUGAAGAAGAAGCUCAAGCAAACAGCUGCCAUUGACAUUUCCAAGGAAUUCCAUGCUCUCCCGGACAUACAGACAGCAUUCCAGACGGGAAAAUUUACUGCUGCUCAAAAUCCUGCUAAUAGGGAAAAAAACCGCUACAGUGAUGUCAUGCCAUUUGAUGAAACCCGGGUACGUUUAAAGCCCUCAGCAAGUGAUCACCCUUCAAGCAAUGAAUACAUCAAUGCAAGCCUUAUAGAGACUGAUGACCAAGGUCAAAGUCAUACAAAGUUCAUUUCCACUCAAGGUCCCUUGGUCAAGACAUUUGGGGAUUUCUGGCAGAUGGUCUACGAAAACCAGUGUCCUGUGAUUGUUAUGGUCACUAAAUUUGAUGGUGCCAAGUGUGACAGGUAUCUUCCAACGAACGAAGGAGAAGAAAGGGAUUAUGGAAAAUUCAGUGUUAAGAUCACAAAGUUCAAAUGCGAUGGUGUCUUAGAAUUGCGUGGUUUGGAGGUACAGCAGAAUGAGUCACUUACAGUUCGCCAUGUUCUCCACAUUCUGUAUUCUGACUGGCCUGACCAUGGGGUGCCACAUGACAGUGCUUUUGUACGAAAAAUUUUGAAAAGAUUAUAUGGCAUUCCAAAAGAGCAUCCAAUAGUAGCACAUUGCAGUGCAGGUAUUGGGAGAACUGGUGCUUAUAUCACCAUCCACAACACUAUAGAGAGGAUUUUACUUGGUGACAUGUCUGCUUUGGAUCUUUCUAAAACUGUCAAAAAAUUUAGAUCCCAGCGACCUGGAAUGGUCCAAACAGAGGAUCAAUACAAGUUUUGCUAUAUGGCAAUUGUCUCUGAGCUGAACGACCUGCUAUCAAAUUCAAAACACUGAAUCAUUUCUAUGGAACAAUCAGUGCCCUGGGUAUCUCUGACAGAUUGUCGCCCUUCAACUCCCUCAAUUCUUUAAGCCUAGCUAACAGCAUUCAUGUAUGCUGAUGAUGUACAGCAUGAAGACUGAAAAAUUCAUGCUUCAGCAGGAAGCUUUCUCUAACUUCUCCACACCAAGAACCACGUGUAUGAUCCCAGGUUAUGCCUGGUUCUGUAUCCAAAGCUGAUGAUGAUGAUACAAGGUUUGGAAAUUUGCAGCGGCGCUUCUCCUGCCCACCCACCUAACUUUGUGAUUGUUUGGUAGCUUCUCCUGCAUCAUGCAUAUGAUGAAAUUUUUCGGAAGUUUUAAGACUCAGCUUUGUCACUUUUCAAGCAGUAGUGACGCUGCCCCCAUUUGUUUGUGUGUGUGAGGUCAAAUGUCUGGAGAAGAUUGAAACGGCUGUUGCUACUGCAAAUGCAGCCACUUCUUGAUGAUGCUCUGUUCUAUCUCUAGACUGUCUGUUUCUGGGGGUUGAGGAGUUGAAACCGGUGUUGCCAAGCAGAAUGGCAUCAGA